AUGGCUUUCACAACCUCCGUCACCGAGCUGCACCCCCUCCCCGCCCCAACACCUAAUCCGCCCGCUGACCCAGAGAACCUACCCACCGUUUCCGACCCAUUCAGUCUAUCUUCUGGACUUAAGACUUCAGAGGAAAUCCAUAACCUGACCGCUAGACAUCGCACCGCGCGCUGGAAGCGCCCCAGUGCUGAGCAAACUCUUGGCGAAUCGAGCACUACCGGUGCCAAUAAUGGUGGAGACAAUAAUAAGAGAAUGCAGAAGGUGGACGUUAAGGGGAUUCACGAAUUCUACCAGAGCCAAAACCAGUCAAUUCAACAAUUACUGAAGCCUGUCGAGGAGCACAGGCGUGAGGCAAAGGAUGAGAAGGGUGAUACACGUAUCCGCUAUUUGAUUGCCGUCAACGGAAGUCUUGCUGCGAAUAUCAUUCUAGCCGUCUUACAACUCUAUGGUGCCCUGUCUUCUGGAUCCUUGUCACUUUUUGCGACAAUGGCUGAUUCUAUCUUUGAUCCAUGCUCCAAUCUCCUAUUAAUCCUCUCUCACCGUGCCAUUAACAAAGUGGACCCUAACAGAUUCCCCUCCGGAAAGGCACGUAUUGAGAACGCGGGAAAUAUUGUCUUUUGUUUCCUCAUGUGCGCAGUCUCGUUAAUCCUGAUCGUGGUGUCGAUCCAAGAGCUUGCGACGCAUAAGGCAGAGGAUGAGCUUAACAAGUUCCAUCUACCUUCCAUCAUUGCUGUUGCAGUCGCUUUCGUCACAAAAUUGACGCUGUUCCUGUACUGCUGGGGCCUCAGGAAUAUUUAUUCCCAGGUCAGAAUUCUCUGGGAAGACCACCGCAACGACCUGCUCAUAAACGGGUUUGGUAUCCUCACCUCCGUGGGCGGGUCAAAGCUGAAGUGGUGGUUGGAUCCAGUUGGUGCCAUCAUCCUCAGUCUUCUGAUUCUGGGAUUGUGGUCCAGAGCCGCUUAUCGCGAGUUCCUAUUGCUGGUUGGCGUGACCGCCGACCGAUCCCUUCUUCGCCUAAUCACUUACAUCUCCAUGACCCACUCCCCGCUCAUUACCCAGAUCGAUACGGUCCGGGCAUACCACAGCGGGCCCAGAAUCAUUGUCGAAGUGGAUGUUGUAAUGUCUGCCACCACCGCUCUCCAGCUCACGCACGACGUCGCGGAAGAGCUCCAGGUCAAGCUAGAGAGCUUACCAGAUGUUGAGAGGGCGUAUGUUCACGUCGACUACGAGACUAGUCACAAGCCAGAACACUUCUUGAAAAAGGAAUUGUAG